CGGGGCCGAGCCAGAGGAGCCGUAAUAAUGAUGCCGAGCCGCACCUCGGCGGCACACGCGCCUCUCCCGGGGGCGUGCUGAGAGCUGCCGGGGGCUGCGCGGUGCGGUGCGGAGCGGUGCGGAGCGGUGCGGGGCAGGCAGCGGUGGCCGCGGCCGCAGCCCCCCCCCGGCCCCGCCGCCCGGCGCGCAGGAGGAGCGCGGCGAGGAUGGGAGGAGGAAAUCCUGUGAAUGUCAUUGGGGGGCGGAGGGGGAACUCGGCUGGCGAGAAGGCGUCGAGAGCAGACAGCCUCUGCGGGGGCAGAGCCCACCACCGGCACACUACAAAGGAGCAAUCCCUGCCAAUGUCAUCGGCCAUCGAGAGGAAGAGCCUCGAUCCUUCCGAGGAGCCAGUGGAUGAAGUGCUCCAGAUCCCCCCCUCACUGCUGACAUGUGGUGGCUGCCAGCAGAACAUUGGGGACCGAUAUUUCCUGAAGGCCAUCGAUCAGUACUGGCACGAAGAUUGCCUCAGCUGCGACCUGUGUGGGUGCAGGCUUGGAGAAGUGGGGAGACGGUUGUAUUACAAACUGGGCAGGAAGCUCUGCAGAAGGGACUAUCUCAGGCUUUUUGGCCAAGAUGGCCUCUGUGCCUCUUGUGACAAACGAAUCCGGGCUUAUGAGAUGACCAUGCGGGUGAAGGACAAAGUGUAUCACCUUGAAUGCUUCAAAUGUGCUGCCUGCCAGAAACACUUCUGUGUUGGGGACAGAUACCUCCUCAUCAACUCGGACAUAGUAUGUGAACAGGACAUCUACGAGUGGACUAAGUUAAACGGGAUGAUAUAGCAAAGACAUGGCUCAUGGUCUAUAAAAGACAUCUCACGGGUGACACAGACGCAUAGCUGCAGUGAGGAGAUAACCACCUGAGCUAUGUGCUUUGUCUAAAAUGGGGGGAAAAUACCACAGAGUAGGCCCUUUUCAGGCAGUGCUACGUAGAAUCUAAACUACAUAUAAGUGAAGAAGGGAGACUGAAGCAAUAGUAGAUAGACUGACUUCUGUUAACAAAGGCGUAUUGACAAUAACUGACAUCAGCCAGAUAGGCAAGAGUUGGGGAACAACCAUAAUGUGGUAAUGAAUGCUCAUAACUGGAAAAACAGUAGUGACUUAUGUAAAGAGAUGUUAUGACUUUGUCACCUGCAGACUAGGAUUGUGCAAUUGAUUUUUCUUUUCAUCUUGUUUUAGUUACUCAGUUUAGACAACAGCUCCUAAUGUAGACAUGAAGAAGAAUACUGGAAGAAAAUGGCCAGUCCCUUAUGUGGUCAUUCAAUAAGGCCUUACAUUUCGGGUAGGACAGAAAGUGGGAAGAGGGUGGGGGUUAUUUUUGCAUGGAUUUUUUUUUUUCCUGUGAGAAUGAAGAGUGCAUCCUCUAGUCCCAAAUUGUUCUUCAAAAUAAAUAAAUAAAUAAAUAAAAUCCUGCUGAAUAGCUGUUUUGGGGCACUGCUGUUUCAAAAUGAGAUGUUCCACAGAUCAUUUCUAUACAAAUAUAAAUCUAAAGAGUUGUUCAACUAUUUUAAUAACUUAGAUUAUAUCGAUAAAAUAUUUGUUGUGUGUAGUAAGACUCUGCAGCUUUAAUAAAAAUAACAGAAGA